AUGUCCUCCCAUGAAAUUGAUACUGUCUUAUCUACUCUGCGUCUAGAAGCUGACCCCUCGUUGGAACAGUAUUUUACACUAUUCGAAACAUACUAUGAACAAAAGCUAUGGCAUCAAUUGACCCAGACUUUGCGCAAAUUCUAUCAUGAACCAGCAUCUCAAUUGUUAAGACUAAGACUUUAUGACACCUUUAUUGCCAAAUUCUACGAUAAAAUCAACCAACUCGAUCUCGUAGAAUUCCUACUAUUAUCAUUGAAAAACUACCCAAAUAUUGACGAGUCCUUAAAGUAUUUGAACGAUUUGAAACUAAAUUUUAUUCAAAUCGAUAAUGAAAAGCAAAGAAACGAUGGUCUCAAGGAUCAUUCCCAUGGUUGUCUAUUAAUUGAUAUCGAAAUUGCAAGAUGUUACAUUUUACAAAAUGAUUUGAUAAAGAGUAGAGAUCUAUUGGAUAAAAUUGAAUCCAAAUUCGACUGGAUGGAUUCUAUCCCAUUAACCUUGAAAAAUAGUUUUUAUUCAGUUAAUUCUCAAUAUUAUGAAUUGAAAAAUGACUUUAAUAACUUUUACUAUACAAGUCUUCUUUACCUUUCCACUUUAGAUGACAAAAAUGAUUCUUCAUCGUCUGAUUAUUUAACUCAAGAGGAAUUAAAACAAUGUGCAUACAACUUAUCCAUCGCUGCAUUAUUAGGUGAUAAGAUCUAUAAUUUUGGUGAAUUACUACAACAUCCAAUAAUGGCUAAUAUCGUUAAUGAUACUAACUAUCAAUGGUUAUUUAAAUUAUUAAAUGCUCUAACACAGGGUGAUUUUGAAGUUUUCGACGAUUUGAUUAAGAAUGAUCAAAAUUUAAGAAAUGUAUCAGUGUUAUUAAGCCAUGAAUCUUUCCUUAGACAGAAAAUUUGUUUGAUGACCUUGGUGGAAAGUGUAUUUGCUAAAAAUGUUAGAACUUUAUCAUUUGAUGACAUUGCCGAGGCGACUCAUUUACCAAAGGAUGAUAUCGAACAUUUAGUCAUGAGAGCCAUAUCAUUACAUUUAUUGAAUGGAUCCAUUGAUCAAGUUAAUGAAAUUGUCGUCAUUACUUGGGUUCAACCAAGAAUUAUUAAUUUUGAUCAAAUUGACAAGAUGAAAAAUAGAUUGGUAGAAUGGGAUCAACAAGUAAAGGCAUUAGGUGAAAAGAUGGAAGCUAAGGGUAAAUCUAUUUGGGUUUGA